GUAAGAGCGGUAUCUGGCGAUAAGAUGAAUUAAAAAUAUUUACUUACUAACAGUUUUCUUGGAUGACCGGACUCACGUUAACCACCGUAUCUGGAAGGACUUUUGGAGGAGUGACUCGUUUUUGAUUUGGGAAGGCGCUGACCCGGUCGUGGCACAGCAGCAUACAGGGCGAGAGGCGGACGGGGCCGGGCCGCAUGCAGCACUUUCCUGAGAACGGAGAGAAGUCCGAGUCCAGGCUGAAGAUGGUCUGAUGGACCGACGCUUCUUGCUGACCUUUGCCUUCUGCUCGAUCGCGUGGAUUCUCUUCUGGGAGGUGCGCUGGAAGAAAGGGAAAGAGAGUCAGAUAGAGGAAUGGCUACAAGGGCACAGCCUCUCCGAAUACAAGCACUUGUUUGAAGAUGUGCAGACCCUGGAGGAGCUGAGCCUGAGCGUUCUGACCCGUUUGGAGGAGGUGGUGAAGGAGCAGCGGCGGUGGCGGGAGGUGGCCGAGGCCCACAUCCAGCUGCUGCGGGACUUCGCCUUCCAGGAGUGGCUCUGCUCUCAGAGCUUGGAGCACUACUACCACACACUGAAGACCCUGGGUUGUAUGAAUCUGGAUGAUUUAGCCCAGUUUGACAGUCAGCUGCAGCUCUCUCUGGCCGCCUGGGGAUACUACUACGAAGAUUACAUCAAGCUGUCCACUGGGGUCAAGGUCCUCCAGGCCUCUAGGGGGAGCCGUGACCGAGAAUACGAGAUCCAGCUUGUGCACAGCCUGGCAGAGAGGCGCUUGAAUGAGAAGUGGUCAAUUGCAGGAGCUCUGAUAUUCGGCUGUACUGUGGCGCUGUGCUUCCUGAUAAGGGACCUCAUGUUUUACGUGAUUGGUGGAAUUACUGUUUCCAUCAUAGCGUUCGUCUUCACCAUCAAGUUCCUGUGCGAGCUCGCGGCUCGGGUGGUCAGCUUCCUGCAGAAUGAGGACCGCGGGCGGCGGGGUGACCGGAGCAUCUAUGACUACGUGCGGGGCAACUACCUGGACCCGCGCUCCUGCAAGGUGGCCUGGGACUGGAAGGACCCGCAGGAAGUGGGCCAGACCAUGAGCUUCAGGGUUCAACUCUUCUACAAAAAUGGCCAGCCAUUCCCUGCACACCGGCCCGUGGGGCUACGGGUCAACAUCACGCACAUCGAGCUGGCCCUGGACAUCCCUGUCACCCAGGAAGUUCUGCAGGAGCCCGAGUCCAACGUGGUCAAGGUGGCCUUCACUGUCCGCAAAGCUGGCCGCUAUGAGGUGGCCGUGAAGCUGGGCGGCCUCAACGUGGCCUACAGCCCCUACUACAAGAUAUUCCAGCCAGGGACGGUGGUCCCGUCCAAGACGAAGAUCGCCUAUCACUUCUCCACCCUGGUGCUGACCUACGGGCAGCAGCACACCCUGCAGAUCGAGCCGCGGGACGAGUACGGCAACCCCACCAGUAACUCCACCUCGCUCAUCGAUGAGGUCAACUACAGCGUGCGCGUCCACCCGCUGGGCACCCAGGAUGAGGACAUCUCGGAGGACUACUACAGCAAGGCGGUGUCCUCCAACAAGCAGCUGUGCCAGGUGCUGCUGCGCCUCACCCUCAGGAAGAAGGGCUGCUUCCGGGCCUGCAUCUCCUACCAGAACCAGCCCCUCAGCAACGGGGAGUUCGACAUCAUCGUGCUGAGCGAGAACGAGAAGAACUGUGUGGAGAAGAACGUGUCCACCCCAGGGAUUAGCAUCUACUUUGAGGCGUACCUCUACAGCACGGGCAACUACAGCAGCUCCACCUGGCAGCUCCCAGCAUCCUCCCUGCUGGCCCCCCAGAGGCGGCCCUCCACAGCGGACGAGGAGGAGGACCGCGACUCCCCUGUGGAGGGCCAGCCCGAGAAGGUCAAGAAGCCAAAAAAGGUCUACUGUUACAUAUCGCCAAAGCAACUGUCGGUGAAGGAGUUUUACCUGAAAAUUAUUCCAUGGCGCCUUUUCACCUUCCGAGUCUGCCCAGGGACAAAGUUCACAUACUAUGGCCCAGACCCCAUUCACAAAUACUUGACGUUAGUGGUCGAUGAUGGGAUACAGCCACCAGUGGAGCUGAGCUGUAAAGACAGGAACAUCAUGGCUGCCACUUUCAUCCGCUUUCUGCACAAAAACAUAGGGGGUUCAGAGACAUUUCAGGACAAAGUGAGCUUCUUCCAGCGUGAGCUCAGGCACAUGCACUCCAAGCGCCCUCGCACCAAGACCUGCCUGAAGAUCUCCCGCCACGCCAUCCUGGACUCUUCUCUCAAGGCCACCAGGAACUUCUCUGUGUCGGACUGGAGUAAGAACUUUGAGGUGGUGUUCCAGGACGAGGAGGCUCUGGACUGGGGCGGGCCACGCAGGGAGUGGUUCGAACUCAUCUGCAAGACCCUGUUUGACACGUCCAACCAGCUCUUCACUCGCUUCAGCGACAACAACCAGGGCCUGGUGCACCCAAACGCAGACCGCCCGCCCCACCUGAGGCUGAAGGUGUACGAGUUUGCGGGCAGGGUGGUGGGGAAAUGCCUGUACGAGUCGGCGCUGGGCGGGGCCUACAAGCAGCUGGUGCGGGCCCGCUUCACCCGCUCUUUCCUGGCCCAGAUCAUCGGCCUCAGGAUGAACUACAAGUACUUCGAGACGGAUGACCAGGAGUUCUAUAAAACGAAGGUCUGCUUCAUCCUAAACAAUGAUGUCAGUGAAAUGGACCUGGUGUUUGCGGAGGAGAAGUACAGCAAGUCAGGGCAGCUGGAGAAGGUAGUGGAGCUAAUAUCUGGAGGUGCACAGAUUGCAGUGACCAAUGAAAAUAAAAUGCACUAUCUCAACCUCCUUGCCCAGUACAGACUGGCCAAUCAGGUACGAGAGGAGGUGGAGCAUUUUCUCAAGGGAUUAAAUGAACUAGUUCCAGAGAAUCUCCUGGCCAUAUUUGAUGAGAAUGAAUUGGAGCUUCUCAUGUGUGGCACAGGGGACAUCAAUGUCCAGGACUUCAAGGCCCAUGCGGUGAUUGUUGGGGGGUCCUGGCACUUCAGAGAGAAGGUGAUGAAGUGGUUCUGGGCUGUGGUGUCCAGCUUCACCCAGGAGGAGCUGGCUCGCCUGCUGCAGUUCACCACCGGCUCCUCCCAGCUGCCCCCAGGAGGCUUCAACACGCUCUGCCCCUCCUUUCAGAUCAUUGCUGCCCCCACCCACAGCACGCUGCCCACCGCACACACCUGUUUUAACCAGCUGUGCCUCCCGACGUACGACUCGUACGAAGAGCUGCACAAGAUGCUGAAGCUGGCCAUCAGCGAGGGGAGCGAGGGUUUCGGCAUGCUGUGACCCCCCUCUGAGGGGUAAGGGGCGCUCGGGAGAGCAUGGCACGGCUGGCAGUAUGGGACACGAGCCACAAGCAACUGGUCACAUGCCACGCCUGGGCCCGAUAAGGUCCCCAACACCUCCGCCAUCCACUUCAAAGGAGCGGGCGUCUCUGCUCAACUCACCCCGCACAUCCCAAAAUCCUCCACCAGGGGGAGACCUACAGGAAGUCUUUGAAUGCUCAGGCAUUCCUGGUGUAUGCAGGCACUUUGUAUAUAUGACUUUUUUUUGUACCGGAGGAAGAAAAUCUUUUUUGGUGCAGACUAGUGCAGUGGACUUUUAAUCUAGACAGUAGAGAUGCCGUUUUAUGUUUGAGGGAACAUACAGAUGCAGUGGUGGUCUAGUGUGCUUUUAAAUGCUGAAAUACACCAAGACAGGCUUCUCGCACUAGCAUUGACAAAGAUGAGGAAUGUUUCAAACAAAGUAGCAGUCCACAUAUAAAGUGUGGCUAUAUUAUACACCCAUAGCACUUUGGCCUUAACCUGAUCAGGGAAGGAAGUGUACAUAUUGCUCUUAUUUUAUUGAAAUAUGUAUAUACAGUGAUAUUUAAUAGUUGAUAUGAGGUCCACAUCUUUUCGUUUGAUAUUAAAGGAAAAGGGACUGAAGACUUUUUUUUUUUUUGUGCGUACGCGUUUCAUCAAAUCUGAUAUCGUUAGUGAAACGGUAACUGUUUCUCCUCUCCAAACUGACAUAAACCUGAUUUCCCAGACCUUUUUGAAGGUUUGUAUGUUGAAAUAUCAGGAGAGGAUUGCACUAGACUGAGAGUAUGGGAGCCUGGUACAAUAAUGGCUUUCCAAUGCAAGUAUGCUUCUCAGUUUCAGGUCACUGAGGGAAAACAUCAGAUUUCAAAUGCAUUGCAUGCUUUAUUUCAUUAAUGAAUGCCAUUGUGUGAAGUUUAGAUCAAUUUUUAAGCCUUUGUUUGUAUUCGAGCUGUAAUUGUUUUUUUUGUUUUUUUCAGACCUGCCUUAUUUUAGCCCUUUGCCGCCUAUUGUACACAGAGAAAAGCACAUUUCAAAGGAACAUUGAUUAGUUUUGAGAGGAAAUAUCGCUGUAAUAUUUUUGACUGGUGAAUAAACAUCGGUGAAAAGGAGGUACUUCUGCUCUAAGAUGUAACUGUUAGGGAAGCAUAAAUAUGUAUCCAAGGCAACAUAUAGACUAGGCAAGUGUCAUUUCAUGUCAGGAUUCAGGCUUUAAUUUGGUCUUCACCCCCCACGUGUGGGUUUACCUCAGUCUUUGGACUUCACUCGUACAUCCAAACACAUGAGCAGAGAGAGACCUGGCAUCUCUCAUCUCUGUGCAUUAUAUCCAAAGGUUCACUGAAUCGCUUGCGAUCUGUAGAUAAGUUAAACCGCUUCGUUUAACCAUUCGGUUACGGGCAAAGGAUUUCAAGGCAGGGCACAAACGAUGAUCCGCGAUCAUCCAUAUUUAAUUUGACCUCUCUUCAAGCAAUCCCAGUGACCAUGAUGUCAGCUUGAAGGAGCGUCGGGUUCUGGACACGCGCAUGUAUCUCCGUCUUUAUACUUGAUGGCAAAGCUUACAGGGUGUUGAUUUGCUUGCAACACGUUGUUUUGUUCUCAUUAACCUCUGACCAUUUCUGUGCGCAUCCGUUGUUCUGCUGCCGCCUCCUCCGGAGAAAGGCAGCCGUUUUGCUGCAAAGACUGAUGAUAGCGCUGAUUA